UUUCCGUUUACUCUAUGGUCAACAUGUGUUUAGUUCUACGAUUAAAGAAUUUCUGAAUUAAUAUUAUUAUUAAUUAAACAAAUUUUUAUCUGGUGUAUUUCGUGAUGGAGGAUGAAGUCGUAAUGCCUGAGAUGGGCAAAAGAGUGCCGUCAUUUUUGAACCCCCUCGAUUUGGAUAUCAUAAUGGUCCACGUGGUAGGUUAUCUCCAAACAAAAGAGGUCGCCAAAUGUCGCCUCGUCUGUAAACGAUGGGAAGUCUUAUCCACCAAAAUAAUGUUGAAGCGGCAUGACCACGUUGUCACACUCACAUGUCAGAACGCUGCCGAAUUUACGUUAUUGAUGGAGUCUAGUCGUUGCAUUCCGUUCCCUGGUAUCAAGUGGACCUGCUGGUCGUUAAAUAGCAGUGUUUUCAUCAAUCUGAUGACGACAUGUCGAAAUCGAGGUGGAAUCAAGGUGCUUGUGUUGGAUAUGGAUUGUGCCAGUGGAUUUACCUCCAUUGUCGACGAAGCAUAUCAUUGUACGAGUGGAAGGAGGAUUGACGACGAUAAGAAUGGACUCAAUUUCUUGACCAACGUUCUGCAAAACCUGUCACAUUCACUUCAAGUUUUGGAUUUUGACGAGAUAUCCCCAAAAUUUGCACAUCCUCCUCCUCCCCACAACAGCAAUAUUAUUAAUCAAGAAGUUCUCACAACUACUGUGUUGCCUACCUUUGAGGCACCACUUCUUCAAAAAAUUAUCUUUCCAUGUCAAGAAGAAUCAUUUUGCGAAAAAUUUUGGGCACAUGUAUUUCGUGUAGCACCAAAUCUACAGGAAAUUCAUACGAAUCAUGCCAGCCAAACAGUUCCCAUCUUUGCAUCUUUGGAAAAUUGGGGACGAUUUGAUCAGUUAAGAAAGCUAAGAUUGGAAGAAAUUGGUCAAGCUCAAGUUGACACUAUUCUUGAUUCAUCCAUAGUGCUGGAAGAGUUUAAAGUUAACGUGAUUUCAAAUAGUGUGGUUCGAAAGAAAUUGGAACUACUACUGAAAAAGUUGAGUGGGACGUUGCUCGUUUUGGCGUUGGGGUCUCCAGAGGAUAAUUCUAAAAUUAGGAUCACACUUCCGAAAAUGCUUAAACUUACGGAACUUGGGCUCUAUCAUUGUGAUGAUUCUCUAAUUGUGCUGGAGGGAGUUCAAUUUCAUCGUGAUACUCCAAAAUUGAGGACAUUAUCGGUAUCUUCGGCCUAUAAGAAGUUGGAUUGGAGGGAAUACUUUUCAUGUAGUGACGAUGGGGGUGAAAACUCUCAGCCGCCCACUCCCCUCUUAUCCGUGGAAAGUUUGACACUAGCAAUUUUAGUUCGAGAUCCGAACUGUUCUUUAUAUUUGGGUCAAAUGUUUCCGAACGUGAAGAAACUGAUGAUUGAAUUUCCAAGGCCUGAAUUUCUGUGCAAGAUUUGGACCACUUGGCAAGAUCUUAUCGAGCUCUACAUCUACUUCAAUGUGGGCUCGACUAGUGUCAUGGAUGUUGGAUUAUGUGGCUUUCCACCAGCUUGGAAAGCAGACAUGGACGGAAAACUAAAGCCGAAGGGAAUGUCAGAAUUUGGGAGGAACCAGUUUUUACAGGAGGCUGAGCCUCCUGUGAUACAAGCUGGGGUUUCGAAUUUGAAAAGGUUACAACGCUUAACCGUGGAAUCUAAUCCGCUCAGGGACGCAUCAAAAUCACCUCUACUCACGGACCUAUCCGUAUAUUUUAGUCUUAUAGAAUUGAAGGACCUCCGCGUCUUAAAAAUUGGUCGAAGUCAAAUAUCACCCACUGCUGUGAGAUACUUGAAAGGCCACCUACCCAUGAUAAGCACGAUUGACAUCAGGGGGGUUGAAGGUCCUGGCGUAUUUUCCAAGGAGGAGAGUGAAGAACUCGUUGAAUAUAUUCGUUACUACAAUCACGAAGGCAAUUAUGAUGAGGAUGCCGUUUAAUCAAAUUAGUAGUUUUAUAUUGCAUGUUUCUCAUAUUUAUUACCUCAGGGAAAUUUAGUUUUUUUUAUUUUUGAUAAUUUUUCAUAUCAAUAAUCGAAAUUAUAUCGAAAUCAUGACGAAAUACAUUAAUUAUAAAUUAAAGGACACCAUA